CGCGUAUGAUCAGUACGUAUGAUCUCGUACGUCGGCCAUAAGCCGAGCCCGUGCGUUAACGUAGCAUCAGCGCGCGCACGACCAAUAGUUUUAAUGAGCGAUUUCACAAAGGACUGACAGUCAGUUGCGUACCAGCAAGCGUGGUUGCCGUUGCUUGUCUAUGCACGUUUUUUGAGGUUAAUUGUAAUUAAAUUUAACAAUGAAUCAUUUAAAAUUCGACACUGAACCCUUAAUUAGUGCGAUUGAAUCCAAAAACUGCAUAUGUGACAUUGCCUGCGACGAAUAUAAGGAUAGAGAUAUUAAAAAUGCAGCACUUUUUCACGUAGCCGCUGUUGUUGUACACGAAUUUGAUCGGUUAAGUGAAAAAGAAAAACAUGAAACAGUAUUACUAAUACAAAAGAGAUGCAAAACUGCUAGGGAUCCCUAUGUACGAGAUAGAGCCAAACUACGAAAAAUGGAAAGUGGUGAUUCUGCAAAGCAUAUAAAAAAAACAGACACAAGUUUCGACGCUGAUGAAGCAAGUCAAGAAAACCAAAAUAACGAGGUUGUCGAUUUAUCGGAAUCUGAUGUAGAUGUAGAUGUUGAAGUUUAGGUCAAGGAGUUACAGUUAAGGCAGAAUUUUACCAGAACAAAACGCAAGAAAAUUGACACUUUAGAUAAUAAACUAAUAGCAUUUCUCGAUGAAGCUUCAAAAGGUGACCAAGACCAUCACAAAGCAUUUUUAACGUCUCUUUUUCCAACCCUAAAAUUAUUUAAUGAAGCACAAACACUUCAGUUUAGAUCUGAAGUGCUUCGUAUAAUAAUGGAAAUCAAAAAUAUUGAACAACAUUCGUAACUCAUCAAGCACAAUCUGUAUCAACCCAAAAUGUUUCUUCACAGAUACAGUAAUUUAAUGUAGACAAUUCCAACAAUUGGUCAUCAAGACCAUCAAUAUCGUAUAGUUAUCACUCAUCAGAUCAGGCGUCACUGCAUUCUUCAGAUUCUAUGGCUAUUUUUUUACCUUCACCCAGUUGUAGUGAUACAAACCACCGUCCAACUUUGUUAGAACUGUCUGCGACACAAUUAGAUGACCAGACGCACUAACAUCGCUAUUCAAUGCUUAUUAUAUUGCAUAAUGCUAUGUAUCUUUCAAAAAAUCUGAAUUAGUUUCAUUAAGCAAUCUUUGUUCUUUA